GGAAAACAUUGAGGUUACACUGGCGGAGUGAAGCUCUGAUGCACCACCGAUGGAGCCAGCGGCGGCAAGCGGGGAGGAGAGUGAUACAUCGGGGGAAGGGGAGCUGGGACCGCCCGGUGGGCUUCUACAUCAUCCUAAGUAUGCAGAGAUGAUGGCUUUAGAUAUUGGACAGAGUACACAAGUGUAUGCUGCAUUUCUGGUUUUCCUUGACCUUUUGGAAGCCAGGAAUUGGAAGGAUGUGACUUACAAGGGAUCGAAAGAGCUUCAAUUGAUUUAUCUACAGGGUUGUCCUGGAGAACAGGAAAAUAAGAAAGUGGUAGUACCGUUGCCUGUUCAUAUGUCACUGAGUCAUGAGAGAUUGUUUUUAUUUCUUGGAGACACAGAGACUGAAGAUGCUAGAAUUCGGAGGAAAAAAUAAACAAGCUGCUGGAGGAACUUGGGUGGGUCAAGCAACAUCUGUGAAAAGAAAUGGACCAACAAUUCGCAUUAACUGUCCAUCUCCAUAUAGAGGCUCUCAAUCCAAAACAUGAACUGUCCAUUUUCCUCCAUCAAUGCUGACUGACUCGUAGAGUCUUCCGACAAUUUUUUUGGUGUUUUGUUUGUUUCUCUAUAACAUGCAAGAUAAUGGAGUCACAGGCAAGAGAAGGAAGGCCUGUGGACUCUAAUCAUCCUUUUGCAUAAAAUUAUUUUGCUGUGAUCCAUUUCUGAAACAAGUAAAAUCUAAUUAGAAAAGUGCUUUGCUAAAAUCUUCAAAUUAAGUGUUCUCAUUAUCUUUACUACUUUAGAAUAUUAAAUGCCUCAUGUUUAGUUUUUAAAUUCAUUUUUAAUGCACCAUUCCUGAGGAGUUUUAUUUUCAAUUCAAUAUUUGCAUUAUAUAAUAUUGGCCAGCAAUUGAGAACCCAGAAUUAAGAUGAGCAUUUAAUUGUUCAGCCGCAUUCUCUUUGUUUUAGCAGCAAGAGAACUUUGACCUCAACUCUUGACUGCUGUAGUGGAUUUGCCCGAAGAAUGACUGAGUUAAUAAAGCUAUGUUUGUUGACUUGUAUUGACAUCAUACUGUGAAUUCCUUCUCAGGCAUUUGCUGAGUCUGUGGUUGUUAAAGGUUAAAAGGUGCUUCAGGUAGUUUCCUGAAGUGCAGCUGCAAGAUUAAGAAGGUUCUGGUUUUUCAUACUCAACAAGCUCCUUCGCUUUUGUGUGCUUUUAGUACCCUGUUACUGUGGAAACUGUACAGCAUUCAAUCUGUGGCAGAGCAGUUAUAUUCACUGUAAUGAAAGAGUUAAAUUGGAUUCCUUCUUGGUAUGUACUUAAAAAGUGUAAAACAAAGUAGAAGUUUUUCUUGACCCAUUCUUAUUCACAUAGCUGAAAACAUUCUGCAUUAUAUGGCAACUUCAUAAAUAUGUUCAUGGUACAAGCAUUGAAUCCUGUACUUAGUAGAAAGAAAUAGAAUUAAAAAUGCAAACUUUGCGGGACAAAGUGCUCUGCAGGUCGUACAACAACUGUGGAGAUUUAAUGUUUCAGGUUGAUGAACUUUCAAAAGUAGGCUUUAGUAAUGUUCCCUGAAUGAAUGGGUGAAUAUUGCAGAAGUUAGUUGGUGUAAGCCAACUACAAUGUUCUGUCAGAAAUAUGUAGUUACACAUGAAAAGUUUCUUAGUCAGCUAGGUCUGUAAGGGUUCAAAGCUUUAUGCCUCAGUUGUGCUCUUUCUCAGAUGAUGUUGUCACCUUGCUGCCUUCCUAGUCAUCAAAAUUGUUCAUCAGUCAUUGAAAUGCAUUAGGGUUCACCUUCGAAAUAAAUAUCCCUGCUGAUGUAAGGCUAAGUUUCAUGAGAAUUGUGCCUUAACAUUAUAUUGUCCCAUUGUUUUCACCAUCCCUUAAAAUUAAAUGUUAAAGCAUUAUGCUGUUGUAAUUUUUUAGAUGAACGUUAUAUGUUUCAGUAGCAUGCAAUUUUGUUUCACAGUGAGAGGCAAGCUGUUUUUAAACUUAGUCUUUCACUCUGAAACAAAACUGUCUUUCACAACCUUGUCUCUUUCCUAUCCAAACAUCAGCAGAGUAUUAAUUUUUGAAGGUUUAUUUGCUAGAAAUAAAUCUCUCUGAAGAUCCUAUUAGUUGUCCAUUAAGUAAUCUGACCAUUGGGUAUGUAAUUAGAUGCCAAGAAGUUUUUUCACCUGAUAUGUCCUCUCAUCCAUAAAGAGUGAAAUUAGAUUCUCCGUAUUCUGUUAAUGCAUGCCUUGGAAUCUGCGCACGGAUAUCUUUCCACUGCUGACUCAUCAGUGCCUCAGAAAGAUCGUAUUUUUAAUUCUGCUUCCUUGCUCUGAAUACAUAAUACAAACUUUGUUCCAUUAUCUCUUGUAUUUAAGCCAGAAUGUCGAUUGGUGGAAAGCUUGUUCACUAACUGAGGCUAGAGAAUUUAUUGAAACGUGACUUAAAACCCAUCAUCAAAGAUCUUCACCACCCAGGCCAAGCUUUUUUUCUCACUGCUGCCAUCUGGUAGAAGGUACAAGUGCCUUGGGGCUUGCACUACCAGGUUCAAGAACAGGCUCAACCAUCAGGCUUUUGAACAAAAAGGGGAAAAUACACACGCUACUUGUGUAACCAGUGGUCUCACUUUAAUGGUUGUUAUUUAUUGCUAUUUAAUAAUAUUUAUAUUUGCACAAUUUGUUGUCCAUUGAGCCUUACAGUUACUGUUCUACAGAUUUGCUAAGUAUGCCCACAGAAAAAGAAUCUUGGGGCAUACGUGGU